UUUUUUUUCCCGAUGUGUUAAGGUCAUUUUGAUGGGUUUUUAGUCGGGUAAAAUAAGGGUUUUUCAAACGAAUUGUGUCAACAAAAUAAAACCACCGUCACCGUCAUCUACUCUCCCCAGCGAUCGUCCUCUCGAGUCCAACCGUCAGUUUCUCAUCCCUCAACCCCGCACCACCCACUGGUUCAGUUGUUCUGCAUCUGAAUCCCCUUUUUCGAAAUUAAGUUCGUGAGCAGCUAAGAUACUUAGAUACAUAAAUGGAUCAAGAGGAAGCCCCAAAACCCCCCAGAAGAAUGACCAGGUUUUCAGCAUCAACAUCAACUUCAGAUAUUGUACAUGCAACAAAAGGAAACAACCUUGAAACACGAACAAUGAAUGACCUUUUAGUUGGUGGGGACUCCAUUAGCCUAGAUGAUAUAAUUGCCAGUUUUCCUGGUAGAAGUAGCCAAAUUCUUGAGAUCGCACGUCUUUUGGGACCGUUGAAUUCACCGGUACUUCCUUUGUUUAUGUAUGGAGGUGCUUCUACUGGAAAAACUAGUAUCAUUCUUCAAUUGUUUAGGCAUCUCAACCGGCCUAUUGUUUAUUCUAGUUGUAGGACGUGUUAUAAUCAACGUAUUUUGUUCGAGUCUGUUCUAAAUCAGUUGCUUCUCCAUAGAAAAAAUGUUGCCAAUGCUUAUACAAAUGCUAAGCGCUGUGAAAGACCGUCUGAUUUUGUCAAUUUUCUUCGGGAAGCAUUGACAAGUGUUAUAAGUAAUCUGAAGGAGAAAUCAGACAAGUUGGUCUCAGGAAAUAAAAUACACGGGGGAAUGGGAAAUAUAAUCUACUUAGUAUUUGACAAUUUUCAUCUUGUUAGAGAUUGGGAUAAAAGCUCUACUAUAUUGCCCUUAUUGUUUAAUCUCUAUGAUAUGCUAAAGAUGCCAGAGGUUAGUCUGAUUUUCAUCAGUGGUACUUCCCCAGAUACCUUUUACUCUAACAUGGGUUAUGUUGAGCCCAUCCCCAUUUACUUUCCUGAUUACACUGAAGGUGAUAUCCGUCAAAUACUAUUGAGAAACCAAGCGAACCAGAAGUUGUUUUCUUCAUUUCUCGACGUAGCUCUGAGGCCUUUCUGUAGAAUUACUAGGCAGGUUGGUGAAUUGUCUACUGCGUUAAAGCCACUAUUUGAAAAAUAUUGCGAACCUUUAAGUGAUAAGGGUAAAGGAGUUGUCCCUACUGAAGACAUGAAGAGGAGGCUAUUCAAUCAUAUCAAGCCUCAUAUUGCCUCAUCUCUGAAUGAUGUAUUUAAGGUUUCGUCUCCUCCUGCAAGUAAAGUUAAGGUCGGUAAAGAGACAAAGCAUAAGGGGAGUCCUAAGAGAUCAGAGAGAUUUGAGGAAAUCGGUGAUCUUGAUUUUCAUAUGUCAACUAGUGCAAAGUAUCUUCUUAUUUCAUCAUUUCUUGCCUCCAGAAACCCUGCUACUCUUGAUGCUUCACUUUUUGAUUCCAAAGGUGGUUCUGAUAAUCGUAAGCGAAAGAGGAAGGCCUCCGAGAAAGUGCUGGAAAAGAAAGAAAUUUUAGAAGAGGAACUACUAAUGAAAGGACCUGGAACUUUCCCAUUGGAGAGGUUGAUAGCCAUCUUUCAGUGUAUUGUAUCUGUUGCAGAAGAGCCAUAUGAUGAAGAGGAACCAAACAACAAUGAAUUAGGAGCUGAAUGUAGCAAUGGUUCACUGAUCUCUGACGUUCUUUUGCAACUAUCCAGUCUCUGUAAUGCUAAUUUUAUUUUCAAAGGAAAAAGCUGCCCAAUUGAGGGCUCAACUCGGUAUCGAUCAACUAUAUCUGAAAACCUGGCCUUAAAGGUUGCAAGAAGCCUAAAGUUCCCACUGUCAAAAUAUUUGUACAGAAAUUAGUAGUCUUUGACAAUUGACAGCUUCACAGAGCUUGGUUGUCAAAAUUUUGCCUGAUAGAUCGAUCUACUUAGAUCUGUAUCCAACCUUCACUGUUAUCUACAGUAGUUAACGUAAAUGGUUGGAAUACUAAGAAUGUUUGAAACCAAGCCAACAUUGAAAUGAAUUAUUAUGACCAUUACAGUUCACUGGAUGGAUGGAUGAGAUGGAUUAUGUAUUUUAUAGGCUUUUAUAGUUCCUUGUCUUCAAUAUUGUCCCCAAAAGUGUUUGUAAUAUUGUUGAUUGCUUGUAGUAAAGAUCCUGAAGUCACAUGUUUCCUUUAGCUGAUAGAAUUUGUAAUAUGGCACAAAAUUUGUGUUGGUGCCAAAUUUCAUAUUAACACUUUUGAUAUUUUUAAAGGUUUGAUUAAAGUUUCAAUAGUUGGAAUAGAAACUUGUCGCAAAGCUUUUGGUCGUU